CGGAAAAAGACCACUGCCCGACUGAGGAAUUGAACCCCAGACCUUCCGAUUACCGGUCGGACGUACUGCCAUUACACUACCGGGCUGUCUUCUUCCGUCUUAGGAUCUCUCCAGGAUCCUAACAGAACAAUUCUACCUCGAGUCUGGUCCUGACGUAUAAAGUUGAACCUGAACCUGCGGACCUGCACUUGAAAAAAAUAGACCUAGACUUGGACCUGACCUGAACCUGGACCUAUGACCUGAACUUUUGACCUGGGAUGCUGGGUCCAUUGCAUGAAAAAAUUCUAAAAGUAGUGUGAAUUUACAAUAUCCUGUACUAAAGUUUAAGAACAGUUCUCAGAAUAUGUGAGAAGCACGUGAUAGAUAUUUUGAAUAAGACUUGAUAUAAGACUUUAGGUCACAGAUACAGGUUCAGGUCAAAGUUGAGGUCUCCUUUUUCAGGUUCGGGUCUUGCAGGUCCAAGUCCACUUUUGCUAGGUCAGAUCUGGACAUAUGACCAGAACCUGACCUGGACCAUCCUGUCUCUGGCCUGUGCAUCGAUUGAGCAUAAAAUCAACAAUAACUAUUUUACUAUUUUGUUUUGUUGAUGUAAAUCGACAAAUGCUUACCGUUGAGCACUGAUGACUCCUUAGCUCAGGUAAGAGAGACUUUAUAUUGGCGAAAUAAAGUCGUUCAUAUAAACCAUUUUUCGUAAAUAAUUUCAUCAAUAAUCAUAAAUCUUACUCAUCUGUAUCUUCAGCGUACGCGUGCUCAGAGGAGGGAGAAUUGGGGGAUCAGUUCCUUUCCUUCCUGGAAAAAUUUGUCCCUAAUUAUUCGUAAUUGCGCUAUACUCUGAAAAGCAAAGAGAGAAAUUAUAAGAAAACGAAGAAUCCGCUUUCUACUAGAUAAAAAGUUUUUAUCUCCCCCUUUCUGUCAAAAAUCCUAGAGAUGUGCCUUAUCUACAGUACAGUCUAUCGUGCAAAUUAGCAAAAUAUCUGACUUUAAUCUAGUUCCUAUAUCUAUUAUUUAUAGAAAUGUAAUCUCAAGUAAUUUUACUUGUAUUAAUUCAAUUAGAACCGCAUAUGCUAUAUUAAGCUAACAAGUAUGCUCAAAAGUAUUGUUAAUAAAAUAUCACUUAGACAAUUAUUUUAUUAUUAUCGUUAUUAUUUACUCAGUAUUAUUUUUGGAAUUAUUUUUAUCUUGUUUACUCUGAAUCGGAAAAACUUUUGGUCUAAAAAUAUUUGUUGUAAAUCACUUUCACCAUUAAAAGAUGGUUCACCAUAUUUUGCAUAUGUAUUAUCAUCAAUUCCAGCACACUAUAAUUUUACCGUUUCAAAUUUAGAAAAAGCCCUUUCUGGAUAUUUUAAAAUUGAACAUUUUCAAUCGGUAUCACUUAAUGAUACACGAAUUAAUAGAGAGCUUAGAACAGCAUCAAUACAUCAACAAUCAAAUUUGCUCUCACAUAUUGACAUGUGGUUAAAUUUUUCAUCAAGAUCAGAUCAUGAAUAUGCCGAUAAUGAUUGGUGUUUUAUAUUUGAAGAUGAUGUGAAUAUUGUAGAUUUGAAAGUACAUUUUCCACAGAUUUAUUCAAAAUGGAAUUAUUCAAAUCCGCGUCAUUCAUUAAGGGGCAUUAUUGACCAAGCGUUAAAAUUAGCAGAACUAGAUGGUGUACUAUAUUUGGGUACAUGUGGACCAGAAUAUCCGAAGAACAAUUCAAAAAUUAUUUAUACGUCCGACAAUUUGUUUGAAUUUCGUCGUGGCUCGUAUUUCUGUUCACAUGCUAUAGCAUAUAAAAAAUGGCGUUUAAAAACACUCUGGAGUAACUAUUCAGUUUAUCAACCUAUAGCUGAAUAUAAAGGAGUGGAUGGGAUAGCGAAAACAUAUCAAAUAAUAGAAAAAAAACUUCCAUUGUCAGUGGCUUCCAACAUACAUUGGCCACCGAGUACAGGACAUUUUGGAUUUUUUUACCAAGACAGAGCCGUAAUAAAGUCAACGAUAAAUGCUGGUAGAUAG